GCGUGUUGCAAACGGCACGUAGGCUGUGACAGCUGCCAUGCCAGCAGCCAGCCCGGCUCCUGCUCUGGGGACCCUGGCUCCAGCUGGAGACACGUCCCCUGGCAGGCAGCACGGCUCCGGACCCGCUGCUGCACGCUUGGAAUAAUCCAGAAGGUGGCAAUGGCAAUCCACAGACACUGCCUGGCUGGGAAAAGAGGAUUUUCUGGCGGUGUGCUUCUGGUGUUUAAGGGAUAUUUUCAGGGGGACUGCACUGUGGCUGCUUCUCUGCAUGUAGAGAACCCUGGAGUGACACCAAACAUUGCAGAAAAUGCACCUUUAUUGGAAAUGCAGCCAUGUCCCAGGUAUUUUGGGGCUGAUUGUAAGGCUGGGACCCCAGCUCUGGGUGCUGCCUGCGGGGCUCCCUGUCUGCACACGCUGACACAUCUGGGGGUGAGAAAGCUCCGUGUUCCCUCUGGCAGCAUCUUCCCAGUGCAUCCAGCCCCCUCUCGGGCUCAUCCCGGCGGGGAAAUGAAACAAAAGCACACGGAGCGGAGUCUGCGAGCCGAGAGAAGCUCCACGCCGGGUCCCCAGCAGAGGGUGGUGUCAGCCUGUGUCCUGCCUGGCAUUCCCUGGCAUUCCCUGGCAUUCCCUGGGUGCCUGGCAUUCCCUGGCUGGCAUUCCCAUCAGUGCCAAGAGGCAGGAGAGGGGAGCACCAGCUCCAGCACAAAAUCCAACCUCUUUCAUUUAUUCAAGCUCCCUUUUAGCUUUAGGUCCACCUUGAAAACAGCAUCUGGGUCCUCUCCACACUCCCCAUCCUCUUGCAGGACAGUUUGUACAACCUGGAACUCACAGCUCGCCAGCGUGUGCUGGAUUGAAGCUCCUCCCGAGGCUGGCUGCACAGGUUUUGGUUGUUUUUAUUUCCCCUGCUCUCAGGAACAGCUCUGCCAUCAUCAUCCCUUCGGCUCGCUGCAGAGGGAGGCGAGGAGCGCACCCGCUCCAACACCUCCCACGCAGAGCCGGGCUCUGCAGCUGCAGGGAUUGUUCCCAAGUGUCCAGGGGCCAAGAACGCUUUUUAUUACUCAGUAAAAAAGCUCGGCUGUGGCUCGCAGGUUUAAUUAUGCACAUAUAAUAAACUCCUCUGUUGUCAUCUACCUACAGACCUGACCUCACAGGGCAGGCCGGUACUGAGUCAACCAAAAUUAUCCCUGGCACGACUCCACUGCCUUCAGUAGCCUUGUGAUUCCUGCCCAUGGGUGCUGUCGGAGGGCAGGAACGCUUCGACGAGAACUAAAAGAUCAAGAAAAUCAUUCUGAGAAAGCAGCUCCUCAGGGUAUGGGGAGUGUGGGCUGAGAUGUGAAUCCUCCCAGGGCAGGGCGCAGCUGCCCUGAUGGUGAGACCGGAGCGUGUGGAUGCUGCUCCCUCUUGGAUCGCACUGUUCGUACCCUGCCCUGGCCCGGGGGCACAGCCGGGAGCUGCGGACACCCAGCACCUCGGGAUGAAAGCAUUUCUUCUUUUAACCCCCCCACAAACUAUCCUUGGAAUAUUAAACAAUUGUUUUCUUCGCAGAGAUCCUCCCGGCUAGAUUGAAAAUGAAGGAUCAUGGCUGUAGAGCUGCUCUUUCUCCUUUAUCUCCGCUUGGCUCCAUUUGGAAGAGAUUAGUGUUGCAUUUGUUUGACAUCCAGGUUAAUAGCUUCCCUUCGUCCCAGUCCCGGCUUCCGCUUUUGGCUAUCUGGAAAGCCGGGAUGGAAAUUAAUGGGCAAACUCUGGGGAGAGGAUCUCGGAAGAAAACUCGGAACAGAUUUAAAAAGAGGCUGCUCUAAGCCGCGCUGAUUUGGAAGGAAGCCACCGGUGAAAAUUAGAGAUUUUUCAAGAGUUUGCUGCCAAGGAGUUAAUGCCUGAGAGUCGAGGUUUUUAAUAAAUACACUGGUA